UGAUCUCGAGCAGCGGGUUUCAUGGGGCUCCUCAGGAUUAUGAUGCCGCCCAAGUUGCAGCUGCUGGCGGUGGUGGCCUUCGCGGUGGCGAUGCUCUUCUUGGAGAACCAGAUCCAGAAGCUGGAGGAGUCCCGGGCGAAGCUAGAAAGGGCAAUUGCAAGACAUGAAGUCCGGGAAAUUGAGCAGCGACAUACAAUGGAUGGCCCUCGGCAAGAUGCAGCUUUCGAUGAAGAAGAUGAUAUAGUCAUAAUUUAUAACAGAGUUCCCAAGACUGCGAGCACCUCCUUUACCAACAUCGCCUAUGACUUGUGUGCGAAGAACAGAUACCAUGUUCUCCACAUCAACACUACCAAAAACAACCCAGUAAUGUCAUUGCAAGAUCAGGUACGCUUUGUAAAGAAUAUAACCACCUGGAACGAGAUGAAGCCAGGGUUUUAUCAUGGACACAUUUCUUAUUUGGAUUUUGCAAAAUUUGGAGUGAAGAAGAAGCCCAUUUAUAUUAAUGUCAUCAGGGACCCUAUCGAGAGGCUAGUUUCCUACUAUUACUUUCUGAGGUUUGGCGAUGAUUACAGACCAGGAUUAAGGAGACGGAAACAAGGAGACAAAAAGACCUUCGAUGAAUGUGUGGCUGAGGGCGGCUCAGACUGCGCUCCAGAGAAGCUCUGGCUUCAGAUCCCAUUCUUCUGUGGCCACAGCUCAGAGUGCUGGAAUGUGGGAAGCAGAUGGGCUAUGGAUCAAGCUAAGUAUAACCUAAUUAAUGAGUACUUCCUGGUGGGAGUGACUGAAGAGCUGGAAGACUUCGUCAUGUUACUCGAGGCCGCUUUGCCCCGGUUUUUCCGGGGUGCUACAGACCUCUAUCGUACAGUAGGAAAGAAAUCCCACCUGAGGAAAACCACAGAGAAGAAACUGCCCACCAAACAAACCAUCGCAAAGCUGCAGCAGUCUGACAUCUGGAAGAUGGAAAACGAGUUCUAUGAGUUUGCCCUGGAGCAGUUCCAGUUCAUCAGAGCCCACGCUGUCCGUGAGAAAGAUGGGGACCUCUACAUCCUGACACAGAACUUUUUCUAUGAAAAGAUUUACCCGAAGUCGAACUGAGUACAAGUGUGGCCAAAGCAGUCUUGAACCUGAACUGGGCUCCGUCGUCACCUUGUCCUCAGCUCCCCACCUGCUUUGCUGUUAACGUGUCCGAGCCCGUUCCCGUUGGGCUGAGAUAGGAAACAGACAUGAAUGUCAACUAACUAGAUGCUGGAUGGGAUGUCAGUGUUCUAAGGAGUUUUUAAGUGUAAGGCAUUGAUAUAUUUUUGUUAUUUUGUUUUUAUUUCCGUGAUAAUUAUAAUCUCCUCCCGGUGAGGGAGACCUCACAUCACCUAAAAUACACCCAUGCAAGUUGAAUCAGGAGGCUGAAUACCAUUUCAGAAGAGGUUCUAUGAUUCUCUUGCUUUGAUAAAGCCUUUUUUCACCUCUCUUUGGAUGAAGAUGAAUCUGUUUGCCACUUCACCUUCUAGAGGUUUGUGUUGCACACCUCUGCUGGAUAGUGCUAAUAACUUUGCCAUUAUCUGAUUUGUUUCUGUGAAUUGGGUCUCACAAAGUUUAUUGGAGUGUUUGAUCAUGGUUUCUCAGAACUAUUUCUGCUAUAGUUGGGUUUUCCCAUAUUUAUGUAGGCUUUAUAUUUUGGAUGAUCAUUAGUGUUAAAGAAAUCAUCUUAAAACCGUGAAUAACACUGUAAAAAAAGACAAAAUGCUAAAGCAGUAUUCCUGAUUCCUGUCUCCCCAGUAUCUAAUAUUGGGGUGCAAUUUCUAAGAAUGUUGGCAUUAUCUGAAGCUUUCUUAAGGAUUUCCACACAUUACUAUCAAAAAGUGAGUUUAGUAUUUGUUUCGCUAUGAAUUGUCUGUAACCCAGUACACUGAAGUGUCGGUGAUCCCAUAUGGUAUGCGAUCCGUCGGUGAGCUGUGAUACGGUAGGAUUUUCCUACUUCUGGACUUUUACCUGUAGACUAUUUUUACUACGGUGCUUUAUAAUGUGUUUUAAAGCAUUGCAUUUACAAAAGAAAAAAGGAAAAUGCUGUAAAUAUUGCAUAUUUUAUGUAUUUGGACCAAAAAGUUACAAGUAAGUAGACAGAAGUGGUUUUGCACCAAUUUUAUUAUGUCGAGUAAAGUCAUCAGACCUACUAUUCUUGUAUUUCUCAUUUAACUUUACUGUUACGAUGUCACUGAAAUGAACUAACGUAGCCUUCCAGUUUUGAUAGAGAACAUUACUCACCCCGAGGCAUAGCGCUAAUGAAAGAGCACUAGACAGCCUAACCAUCUCAUCACUGGCUCCCGCGCUGUCUUCUAGCUGUGUGAUGUUAGGCAGUCACUUAGCCUCUCUCUGCCUUCAGUUUCCUUAUCUUGAGAUCAGGAUACUACUGGCUGCUGUGUCUACCUCACAGGGCUGUUGUGAGGACUAGGCUGGCAAGGUGAGAGCACUUUGGAACUGUCAAGUGGUGUUUAAAUGGAACUAUCACUAGCAUAUAGUUUCAUACUAUCCAUUCUUUUAACAAUGGAAGGGAAAAUCCACUCUUAAGCUUUAUGAGAAAAAAAAAAACCUUUAUCUUGGUAUGUUUGUGUUUGAUAAAUAUCCUCUCCAUGUUUUAUCUUCUGUGCUUCAGCAACUACUGAAAUGUGAAACACUUGUGAACUCUAGCGACUCAGGAUCUUUCUUAGCUGACGAGGAGCACCAAACUCUUCCUCAAACUUGAAAGACGUCCCUGUUUUGAUUUGACCUUGUCUUUUAAAAAUGGUGACCGUUUUACACCUAUGGUCUCUAAAGUGUGCUUUGUAGAGUUUAAUUUUUCAUAUUAAUUCUUCACCUUCUCCCUCUGCAGAUUCAGAAUUCAGAGUCCUCUCAGCCAGACUUUUCUAAAGGGCAGUACCUACUUGUAUGUUUAAACUUUCCUGCACAGCACCUCAUCAAACAAAGCUUUUUCAGUAGAAGGCUUUAAAGGUUAUCUAUUGUUUAAUAAGAGGGGCAAAAAGCACUGCAUCAGAAAACACUUCUAAAGACGAAAGGAGUGACAGUGUCACCCUGCCCACCAACACGAAAAUGUUUAGAGAACAUAGCUGCGCUUUUUCCUUUCCUCCCUACCUCUGCUUUCCUCCUUACCCCUCCUUUCCUCCUUACCCCUCCUUUCCUCCCUACCCCUCCUUUCCAGCAAAAGUUUCCAGGUAGCUGCUAAAAACAAAGGUUUUUUUUUUAUUUUGUUUUUUCUUUUCUUUUCUUUCUUUCUCCUUUCUUUCUUUCUUUUUCUCUUUUUCCCCCAAAGCUAAAGAACCACUUCCAGGUAUACAUUUGGCUGUUGAGUAAAUCUGAGGUUAUUUAGGUAAUUAGGGUAACACUUAGUUUAGCUGGGGCAUUGUAACCUGUCCUCGUAAAAGACUAGAGGAAAUCAGGCAUCUGUCGCUGCCUCUCAGCUCUCAGUAUUGUAGGGAAACUUCACAGACAAUAUAGAGACCGAUGACCAUGGUUGUAGCCCAGUUAAACCUUAGUUUACAAAACAGACAACAUCCUGAGUGUGGACCAUGAGCUGCAGGCCCCUGUGCUGUGAGGAGUCAUCACGGGGAAGUCGUGUCUGUGUCUGACCCAGUUUCCCAGUGGGUUUCUGUACCACCCAGAGCUCCCAGAUUCCGACCCAAGAACUGUGUUCUGCCUCAGUCACACCUGUGGGUCCUUCCAUUUUAUGUCCAUCGCUUCCAGAUGACCACUUUUUCCUAAUUUACUCUUUUUGGAGUGAAUGGGUUCAGAGUGUCCUUUCCAAGGACUGAGAAAAGGUGGAUUUGCUUCUGUUUGAUUCAUUUUAGUCCUAGGAGUCUGAGUCCCUAGAGUAUAUAACUUUAUAAUCAAAUAGAUAGAACUUCUGAAUCAAUGUGUAUUUUUUAAACAUGGCAAAUGUGCUUUUCCUUUUUUUAGCCUUUGUGUUUUUUCAAUAAUUUGACCAUAGGGAGAUUGUUUUUAUAUGAUAGUAAAACAAAUUAACAAAUUUGAAUUUUGAAGAUAAUGUAUAUGUGUACAUGUAUCUAUAUAUCUAUGUUUAUUUCUUAUGAGACAAGAGGUAGCUUUGUGUUCGACUUGUACCAGCUGUUUUCUUAUUGCUGUGAAAUGGCAAGUGUUGAUAAUCAUUGUGUUUUAAAAUGUAGUGGGAGGAUAUAUUUUGUUUUUACCGGCUUUAUUCUGUAAAGUGUCCCUUAAAUAUAUCUGAUAGCAACACUUGAA